AUCACUACGGGUCUACCCCACCGGUCUGCUUCACUCUUCAACUGACCCUGAGCCUAUCUGUUGAAUACUGCUAUCCGAGGACUCGCUUACAGUAUGCAGUAUGCUCGGCGAAUGAGCCGGGAUUUCGGCGAAUGCGAUCCACCCGAGCUGGCCGGAGCCCUCAUCCUGCCCGACACUAUAUAAGGUAAUCAAUACGCAGAAGUACAGCCAGGACAAGAAUCCCCCAAACAUAUCCCACGGCAGUCAAGCCACUCUUUAUUCGUACGAACAACCUGAACAAACAUGCAACCGAUCACCCUCUACUCGCACCCCAUCGGGCCCAACCCGUGGAAGGUCGCCCUCAUCCUCUCAGCGCUCCACCUCCCCUACGAGACCGUGAUGGUCGACUUCGCCGACGUCAAAAAACCCCCCUACGUGAACCUGUGUCCUAACGGCCGUCUCCCAACCAUCGUGGACCCCAACCAGAACAACCUUACGCUGUGGGAGUCCGGCGCCAUCGUGAAUUACCUGAUCGAAACCUACGACUCGAGCCACCAGCUCAGCUACGAUACGUUCCCGGAGCGCCACCACCUCCAGCAGUGGCUGCACUUCCAGGUCUCCGGGCAGGGGCCCUACUACGGGCAGCUGGGGUGGUUCCAGCGGCAACCCGAGCAGGUGCCGCUUGCAAUCGAGCGGUAUACGGCGGAGGUCCGGCGGGUGAUGGGGGUGCUGGACCGCGCGUUGGAGGGUAAAAAGUGGCUGGUCGGGGACAAGUGCACGUUUGUGGACUUGUGCUUUGUGCCGUGGCAGGAGUUGGUGCCGUUCAUGGUGCGGGAUGACGCGGUGGUGCGAGAGCUGGUGGAGCAGUAUCCCAAUGUGAGGGCGUGGAUGGGGCGGAUGAAGGGGAGGGAGGAGGUGCAGAAGGUGUUGCGGGAGAAGCGGGAGGCGAUGGAGCAGGCGCAGUCAAGCUAGUUCUUUUGCCUUUGCCUCUGGUGUUGGGGUGUGAGGUGUGGGGGGAUUUUCUUUGCGGUUUUGUUUAUCCUGCGUAUAGAGAAAGUAUCAGUGGUUGCUGUAGUUUACCGCAGUACCGGUAGUAGCGUCACUUGUUUAAAGGGAAGCAACUCGACAAUUUGAUAAGGUAACGGUUUUCCUUCCUGAUUCGACUGUUAGAAGUCCUCCGGGUUCCAAAUUUAAA